AUGGCGGAGGUCGGAGGUCCCGUGGUGUAUGGCGGAGGUCAGAGGUCCCGUGGUGUAUGGCGGAGGUCAGAGGUCCCGUGGUGUAUGGCGGAGGUCCCGUGGUGUAUGGCGGAGGUCAGAGGUCCCGUGGUGUAUGGCGGAGGUCGGAGGUCCUGUGGUGUAUGGCGGAGGUCAGAGGUCCCGUGGUUUAUGGCGGAGGUCAGAGGUCCCGUGGUGUAUAGCGGAGGUCGGAGGUCCCGUGGUGUAUGGCGGAGGUCAGAGGUCCCGUGGUGUAUGGCGGAGGUCCCGUGGUGUAUGGCGGAGGUCAGAGGUCCCGUGGUGUAUGGCGGAGGUCGGAGGUCCUGUGGUGUAUGGCGGAGGUCAGAGGUCCCGUGGUGUAUGGCGGAGGUCGGAGGUCCUGUGGUGUGGCGGAGGUCAGAGGUCCCGUGGUUUAUGGCGGAGGUCAGAGGUCCCGUGGUGUAUAGCGGAGGUCGGAGGUCCCGUGGUGUAUGGCGGAGGUCAGAGGUCCCGUGGUGUAUGGCGGAGGUCCCGUGGUGUAUGGCGGAGGUCAGAGGUCCCGUGGUGUAUGGCGGAGGUCGGAGGUCCUGUGGUGUAUGGUGGAUGUCAGAGGUCCCGUGGUUUAUGGCGGAGGUCAGAGGUCCCGUGGUGUAUGGCGGAGGUCAGAGGUCCCCCGGUGUAUGGCGGAGGUCAGAGGUCCCCCGGUGUAUGGCGGAGGUCAGAGGUCCCCCGGUGUAUGGCGGAUUUCAGAGGUCCCGUGGUGUAUGGCGGAGGUCGGAGGUCCCGUGGUGUAUGGCGGAGGUCAGAGGUCCCGUGGUGUAUGGCGGAGGUCGGAGGUCCCGUGGUGUAUGGCGGAGGUCAGAGGUCCCCGGUGUGGCCGGCGGAGGUCAGAGGUCCCCCGGUGUAUGGCGGAGGUCAGAGGUCCCGUGGUGUAUGGCGGAGGUCAGAGGUCCCCCGGUGUAUGGCGGAGGUCAGAGGUCCCGUGGUGUAUGGCGGAGGUCAGAGGUCCCCGGUGUAUGGCGGAGGUCAGAGGUCCCCCGGUGUAUGGCGGAGGUCGGAGGUCCCCCGGUGUAUGGCGGAGGUCGGAGGUCCCGUGGUGUAUGGCGGAGGUCGGAGGUCCCGUGGUGUAUGGCGGAGGUCGGAGGUCCUGUGGUGUAUGGCGGAGGUCAGAGGUCCCGUGGUGUAUGGCGGAGGUCGGAGGUCCCGUGGUGUAUGGCGGAGGUCAGAGGUCCCGUGGUGUAUGGCGGAGGUCAGAGGUCCCGUGGUGUAUGGCGGAGGUCAGAGGUCCCGUGGUGUAUGGCGGAGGUCAGAGGUCCCCUGGUGUAUGGCGGAGGUCAGGAGGUCCCGUGGUGA